UCAGCUCAAUCGCUGACCAAUGGCGCCAAGAAGCCAGCGCCGAGCAACGUCAAGCUGGAGCGUCAUUUGCAGAGCAACAACAAUAAAAUGUCUGGAGAAGAGACUAUCCCAAUACCGAUGCCUUCAACUCCAGCCUUGAAUACGCCAAAGACGCCAACAGGCGCCGAUAUCUCACCAGCUGCCAUUCAGUCCAAGGAAGCGGCCACAGGCGACAGCACAUCCGCGGACUGCGCCAGCCCCCGCUCCAGUGCUGCUGCCAAUAUCAAGGCAAGCACCCCAAAGUCGACUCAGCAGGAUGUCGAUGAGGUGGCGCGCCUUUUCGAGGAAAAGCCUGAGGCCUUUGAGAAAUGGCUGACAGAGCGCGCACCACCCGAGGCGUUGUGCCGCCUGCACGAGUUUAUCGAGAGCCGUAAGCCGCCCAAGCGCCCCUCCGUAACGUCGGACUUAUUUCAGCAGUGGAUGGCUUCGUCCCCCAUAGUGCAACAGAAAACGCGCAGCCUUUCGACUGCAUCCGGGCACUCGCUAGCGGAGAGUCGUCGCCACUUAAUGGACCUGGACGAGGGUGAGCUUUUCAUGGAACUGAUUCGUGACGUUGCCAACGAGCUGGACAUUGAUGUUCUGUGCCACAAGAUACUCGUGAAUGUCGGUCUUCUAACCCAUGCGGACCGCGGCUCGUUGUUUCUGGCCAAGGGCACGCCCCACAACAAAUAUCUAGUCGCUAAACUUUUCGAUGUAACACAAAAGACAGCCCUGAAGGAUGCAGUGAAGCGAGCGCGCGCCGAAGAGAUUAUCAUACCUUUUGGCAUUGGCAUUGCUGGAAUGGUGGCACAAACAAAAGAGAUGAUUAACAUCAAGGAGGCGUAUAAGGAUGCGCGUUUCAAUUGCGAAAUCGAUCUGAAGACUGGCUACAAAACGAAUGCCAUACUCUGCAUGCCCAUUUGCAACUACGAGGGUGACAUCAUAGGCGUGGCCCAAAUCAUUAACAAGACAAAUGGCUGUAUGGAGUUCGAUGAACACGAUGUGGAAAUCUUCCGUCGCUAUCUGACAUUCUGCGGCAUCGGCAUACAAAACGCACAGCUAUUUGAAAUGUCCGUACAGGAGUACAGGCGUAAUCAAAUACUUCUGAAUCUGGCACGCAGCAUUUUCGAGGAGCAGAACAAUCUCGAGUGUCUCGUCACCAAAAUCAUGACGGAAGCACGUGAGCUCCUAACUUGCGAGCGCUGUUCGGUGUUUCUCGUCGAUCUGGACUGCUGUGAAGAGAGCCAUUUGGAGAAGAUUAUCGAGAAGCCUAACCAAUCGGACCAGCGGCCCAGUCGUGCCAUUAAGGGUGGGGAAAGCUUCGAGGACAAGCAACAAAAGAUGCGCACACGCUUUACUGUGCUCUUCGAGCUGGGAGGCGAAUAUCACGCAGCCAAUGUUUCACGUCCCUCGAUCAACGAUCUCAGCAACUCGACGUUGGCGCAGAUUGCACAGUUUGUGGCCACCACUGGCCAAACGGUGAACAUAUGCGAUGUGCACGAGUGGGUGCGAGACCACAACCAAAUACGUGCCGAGAGCGAGAUCGAUAGCACCCAGGCCAUACUCUGUAUGCCAAUCGUGAAUGCGCAGAAGACGGUUAUAGGUGUGGCACAGCUGAUCAAUAAGGCCAAGGGUGUCCCGUUUACUGAGUCGGAUGCAUCCAUAUUUGAAGCCUUUGCAAUAUUCUGCGGCCUUGGCAUUCACAAUACGCAGAUGUACGAGAACGCCUGCAAACUGAUGGCGAAGCAAAAGGUGGCUUUAGAAUGUUUGUCCUACCACGCCACGGCGGGCCAAGAUCAAACGGAGAAGUUGGCCCAAGACGUCGUGGCUCCUGCGGAGGCCUACAAUUUGUACAGCUUUACUUUCACCGAUUUUGAUCUCGUCGACGAUGACACGUGCCGUGCCGUACUGCGAAUGUUCUUGCAAUGCAACUUGGUCUCACAGUUCCAUAUUCCCUAUGAUGUGCUUUGUCGCUGGGUGUUGAGUGUGCGCAAAAAUUAUCGUCCAGUUAAGUACCACAAUUGGCGACAUGCGCUGAACGUUGCACAGACUAUGUUUGCGAUGCUGAAGACGGGAAAAAUGGAGCGAUUUAUGACGGAUCUGGAGAUCUUGGGCUUGUUGGUUGCCUGCUUGUGCCACGACCUCGAUCAUCGCGGAACAAAUAACGCUUUCCAGACAAAAACAGAGUCCCCGUUGGCCAUACUUUAUACUACUAGCACUAUGGAGCAUCACCAUUUCGAUCAGUGCGUCAUGAUUUUGAACUCGGAGGGCAACAACAUAUUUCAGGCUCUCUCACCCGAGGACUAUCGUUCUGUUAUGAAAACUGUCGAAAGUGCUAUUCUCUCCACCGAUUUGGCCAUGUAUUUCAAGAAACGCAAUGCUUUCCUGGAACUCGUAGAAAAUGGCGAGUUUGACUGGCAAGGCGAGGAGAAAAAGGAUUUGCUCUGUGGCAUGAUGAUGACGGCCUGCGACGUGAGUGCUAUAGCCAAACCCUGGGAGGUGCAACAUCGGGUGGCCAAGCUGGUGGCCGAUGAGUUUUUUGACCAAGGCGACUUGGAGAAGCUGCAGCUCAACACACAGCCUGUUGCAAUGAUGGACAGGGAACGAAAGGACGAGCUACCCAAAAUGCAAGUCGGGUUUAUAGACGUCAUUUGUCUGCCGCUGUACCGGGUGCUGUGCGACACAUUCCCUUGGAUCACGCCCCUCUACGAGGGCACGCUCGAGAAUAGGCGCAACUGGCAAGAUCUGGCCGAGAAGGUGGAAAUGGGCCUCACUUGGAUCGAUCACGAUACUAUAGACAAGCCAGUGGAAGAGUUUGCCGGCUGUGCCGAUGAGGAAAUCAAGGACAUUGAGUUCACAGUAACGACACUCAACUGCAAUCAGCAGCUUGGUAGCGGAGGCGGCGGCGAUGACAGCAACACACCGGAGCAUCAGCGCAGUGGUUCCCGACUAAGCAUCAAGAAGACCGGAGCCCUGGGAAAAGUAGUUCGAUCUAAGCUGACAAAGACUCUGUACAACAGCAUGGACGGCGCAAAGCCUAAGACAUCGCUUAAGCUUUUGGAAUCGCAUGUCAGUGAGGAUCUGGACGACAAGAGUCCGACCAGUCCUUGCCAACCACAUGGGGGCAAUGUAGGACGCAUGUCGGCUUCAUCGUCCACUUCUUCAGCAGGAACCGUUGAUAAGUCUAAGAAGCGCUCUAAGCUGUGUGCCCUCUUAUGACGAAAACCGUCCAAUUAGAAUUUGGUGACUCCCUCGAGCGCUGGCAGCGAGCCUGACAAGAGCGGAGGGGGGCUGACCGAUUUCUAAUUGGCGUUUAAACAGAAAUACAAGGGAACUGAACUGAAAUGCUUCAACUUGAAAGCAUUUCUAAACUUUUGAAGUUGUAUGCAGCUAGCUCAUGCGGCAAGUUUCGCGCCCACAUGACAUUAAAUACUCGUAAAGAGCCAUUGAGUCGUUUUAAAAAACCGAACCCACAUUUAUAAAUACAAACAAUUGCAAUAUGAAACAUAACUGAAUGUCAAAAUAUGUGAUCUAUUUAAGGACGAACCCGUGCGUGCAACCUUUUGGUAAACUUUCUCCCUCUCUCUCUCUCUCUCUUUCCCUCUCUUCCCACUUUUCUUUCUCUGUCCCUUUGCAAACAUACUGUUAAGCCUUUCGGUACUCGUACUGGCAAUAGCACACUAAUUAAAUCGUACUUACUAGUCAAACACAAUAAAUACUAAGCACAGAUGUAUGUUUUUACUUAGUAGCUCUGUAGGCUUUAAGCUAUAGAAAGCACUACUAUAUAGUAUAUGAAUAUGUGUACAUACAUACUAUACUAUAUGUAUGCAUCAAUACUUAAAAUAAAUUUCGAUUGCAGCGAUUUAGCCCGCGGGCUGCCUAAUAGAAGGCCAUGAACUGUAAUCGAUUUUGAGGUUGAUUACACAUAUUUAUCACAACUAGUCCUUAUGUGAUAACUGUACACGAGUUGUUCUACCUAGGCAUAAGUACUGGAGCCCUGCAAAACACACACAUACAUAGUUAUAUGUACAUAGGUACUGGUGUGUACUACGAACUCGUAUGUGGCAUAUGUAUGGAACCUAUGUAUAAUUCAAAAGAAUCUAUAAAUAAGCAAUCGUAGCCUUCAAAAUAGACACUCCUCGGCCUAAUAAAUACAAUAUACGAGUACAUAUGUACAUACAUAUAUAAGUAUUUGCACUAUCUGAGUGUUAGAAUGCAAACUGUGGCAAUAUUAUAUCAUUUAAGCGAACUAAUGUAACUCAUUUAGCACAAACUCAACAAUGAUUUUACAAAAAGUUGAGCACACAUUCGUAAAUUAUUAACUAUGUAGUAUGAGUAACCAGCACAAAAUACAUACCGGUGUCUCAACGUUUGAUUAUUAAUAUGUAGAGCAAAGAAAAAUGCGAAUAUCUCACGAAAUCCGUUUACAAAAACGAAACUCAAUUAAAAAUUCGACAAAAGACAAACAAUGAUCAAAGCGAGGCAAAAUCUAAAUGAACUAAGAGUUAUCCAAAUAUAUGCUAAGUUGACUUUAAACUUUAAAGUUUUAAGAGCUAAAUAGUAUAUAGAAGAGUACAUGUAUAUCGAUAAAGGCAGAACUUGUAAGCCGAAUUGUGUGACGCCGUCAAUUUUCGAACUCAUCUCAAGAAAAAAAACCCCGAACUAUGUAGAUCUAAACUAUGAACAGGUGGAAUUAUACAUAUGUAUGAGUACUACUUAUUUGUAUAUCUCACUCCCUAUGAUCACCGUGUGAAAACAAAGGAACUUACUUUAUGGAUGUACAGACAAACAAAUAAAAUAAAUAUAUUAGUAUA